GAGGAAGGACGAACUAAUUCAUUUUCACGCCGUCCCUUCUGUCCCGUGCAGGCUCGCCGCCGUGCGCCCUCCUCCAUCACAGCAGCACAUUCUUCAACACGGUCAGCGGCGUCGGUACCGGCGCUCAAAGCUCACCGAGCGACCGACACACAAGCAACCCAGCGGGGCUCCGCGGGCACCGAGUCCGCCGACAGACACCCAAAAAAAGGGCAGCGAGGGGGGAGAAAAACACACGCACCGACCGAGGACCAUGGAGAGCGCCGGGAACGGCUCGGACGCGGAGCACCGGAGCCAGCUCCCGUUGUUUUACAACAACACCAGCUUCUGCCGGAACUUCACCGAAAACGCGAGCUUCUCGGAGCCGCUGCCGCCGUGUGACCUGCAGCGCGAACUGACCGGCAGCGGACUGGACGUGGACGCCAACCCGGUGAUCAUAGCGAUCGUUAUCACGGCUCUGUACUCCAUCGUGUGCGUCGUGGGGCUGGUGGGCAACGUGCUGGUCAUGUACAUCAUCGUCAGAUACACCAAGAUGAAGACGGCCACCAACAUCUACAUCUUUAACCUGGCUCUGGCCGACGCCCUGGUCACCAGCACGCUGCCGUUCCAGAGCGUCAACUACCUGAUGGGGACGUGGCCGUUCGGCGACAUGCUCUGCAAGACGGUCAUGUCCAUCGACUACUACAACAUGUUCACCUCCAUCUUCACGCUCACCACCAUGAGCAUCGACCGCUACGUCGCCGUCUGCCACCCCGUCAAAGCGCUCGACUUCCGGACGCCUCGCAACGCCAAGAUUGUCAACGUCUGCAACUGGAUUCUGUCCUCGGCCAUCGGGCUGCCGGUCAUGUUCAUGGCCUCCACCACAGUCACUCCCUCCAGCAUUGUGGACUGUAAGCUGAUCUUCCCUCACCCCUCCUGGUACUGGGACACCCUGCUGAAGAUCUGCGUCUUCAUCUUCGCCUUCAUCAUGCCCGUCCUCAUCAUCACCGUCUGCUACGGCCUCAUGAUCCUGAGACUCAAGAGCGUUCGCAUGCUGUCGGGCUCCCAGGAGAAGGACAGAAACCUGCGUCGGAUCACCCGCAUGGUUCUGGUUGUCGUUGCUGUCUUCAUCGUCUGCUGGACUCCGAUCCACAUCUUCGUCAUCAUCACGGCUCUGAUCAACAUCCCCAGCUCCACACUGCAAACCAUCACCUGGCAUUUCUGCAUCGCUCUGGGCUACACCAACAGUAGUCUGAACCCGGUUCUUUAUGGCUACCUGGAUGAGAACUUCAAGCGUUGUUUCCGUGAGUUCUGCACCCCGAGUCCUUCAGUGUUGGAGAUGCAGAACUCAUCCAGGACCGGAGCCACCAGCCGCAAAGUCCCACAGCGUGAACACAUCACUGCAAACACAGGAGAAAGAUCCAAUCAGCAGGUAUGACUAGCCUUGGAGAGGUCGUCGGUGGACUCUCGCUGUUGCGGCGGCGUCGCCAACGACGAUCUCAACUCAGAAGUCACGCAGGUCACCACGGGACUCUGACCACACACUCUGCAUGUACACACAGCAAAGCCGGGACGCGAUUCAGCAGCACAGAGCGUUUAAAUGGCGUGUUGGAGGUUUAAAUGUAGCGCUUCAUCAUGUCAGGCCAUUAACCUGCCAGCUAGUGUAGCUAACUGUGUUAUAUGUGGCUAAGCUUUUACUCCUUAACUGAAACAGAUACAGAACUGGGACUGGUUAGAAUAAACAGAAAACCACAGCCUCUCAUUGAAGUAGUUGCACUAAAGUGUAAUUAAAAAUUUAAUGUUGUUUUGAUUAUUAUUAUUAUUAUUAUUAUUAUUAUUACAAUACGGAUUACAUUUGUACAGUAAACACAGACGGAUGUAGUGACACAUCUAUAAAAGCUGUUGCUCACCUCAGCUGUGCUCACAAAGGAUUUAGUUUUCAUUUCAUGUCAGCAGGUUAGAGCAGCCUACAAAUCAGCUUCUCAGCAAAAAUAUACAGUGAAAAGAUCUGUUAAACUCCAUAUUGACUUCAUACCAGUAACAUUACAUAACUGACACCUUUCAUUGUUUUUAGAAUUGAUCAGAAUAUGUCACAGAUGUAGAAAACAAAUGGACCAUUUUAGCAACUGCAAAACAGAAAAUGCCAUAUUCAAUUCAACUUUAUUUAUAUGUCAUUUCACAGUGCUUAGCAUAGUGAGGUACACAAUUAUGAAUAGAAAACCCAACCAUACAGUAUUUAUUGACAAUAUGAUAAUAGCAGGAAGCCAGUGUAGGCUGUGGUUAUAUUAUGUCAUUAAAUUAACAGAACAUGAGGAGCAAGAGCAGGAUUUCAGGAUCUUUUCUUCUCAACAAGGGUAAACAUAGAUGACAUCUUUAAUGAAAUCAAACAUUCUAUUAAUGAUGGCUAUUAUCGAAGUCAAUCUCAUUGCAGACAUGUAGGUAAACACACAAACACACGAGGGCUGACAUAAUUUGCACAGGUGAGGUAAGCAGCGUGGCGACAUCAUUGAUCCAAACCUUCUGUUCUUGCCCUCAGAUAAUGAAACCGAUCAAUUAAUCGUCUUUGUAGAUUUUAUACGACUUCAGUCUGUCACUUUUCCUCCACAUGUUUUCUUUCUAAACUGUUGGCCGUUGUAUGAGGACUGCGUUGGAAAUGCAGAUUUAUGGGAUAAAAGGAUCCAACCCAAUUUUGCUACUGAGGGCUCAAAGGAUCCAUGACUCUUUCUCCAUAUGAAGACAUCUCUGGGUCUUAUUCAGAGUCAUUUAGAGAUUCAACCAUCCUUCUCAUCCUGAACUCGACAGGGGUCGACUUCACACUUCAUUAACACCUUUUCUCCUCUGAAUCAUCUGCUCAGCACUGAGUUGGCUUCGGCCACUUCAGGAAGAUGGACUGCGUUGCUAUACAACCGCGCUCUCCCUUCUAAACCCAUCCUUCCCCAUAAAGAUUUUACCAUAAACUAGACUUAUAGUGGAGCUUUGUCUCUACAAACUGCUGAAUGUAGGGAAACCAUGUGUUUAUCGCCAACCAGCAAAGAAGAUGCAUCAGCAUGUUUGCACAGCGCAGCGUGUGCUAUUGUGGCAUAAAGUGCAAACAUACAGUUGUGCUAGUGUAUGAUUAACUGCAGCUUAACAGCCAUUACACAAGGUUUGGGUUUAAACGGAGACUUUUCUCCUCUGACGGAUUUAACAAGUGAGCCAAGCAGGAUUGUACGUCUCUUGUAAUCUUUGAAUCGCUUGUGCUUACGUGUCGUGCCGUGUUGCUAAACUCGCCAGAUGCCUUUUUAAGUCGCUCUAUUCUGUGUACCAGUAUUUUUUCUAAGGAUCUAUAAAGAUGAAGAAGAUGAUUGUAUUAAUCUCUUGUGUAAAAUACUGUAAUUAUGCUGUUGUUUUUUUUUAUAAAUGUGAAAUCAUGAAGAUCGUUGUGCUCCUUAAUGUACAUUUUGUCAUUUUACAUCUGCCUUGUUGACUAAAGAGGUGUGUAAAAAAAAAUCUGAAAACUGUGUGUAAAGUGUUAAAUUGUGGAUUUAAAAAUUUAUACUAAAUAUAUCUUUGCAGACUGUUUUGCUUUAUUUUAUUUUACUAAAAAAAGAUGCCCCAUGCAUACAGUUGGUUCAUUGUUGGUAUCACUGCUUUCAGUCUAUUUUAAAAGAAAAUACAGUGCAUAUUGACUUUUUUAGGCUUUCAGACCACGAGGUUUAAUGUAAAAUGCUUCUAGGAUCACAGUAGUUUCCUGUAUGGUGCGUGAGCUGUUACAUGCUGUAUUUCAUGCACAACAUUUUUAUGUUUUUAUGGUUUUGUUUGUCACAGAACACAUCUUAAUUGUCUAGGAGCCAAAUGUCACCUUUCAUGCUGUGAAAUGUAUUUCAAGCCAAGAAUGAAGAGAAGGAAGAAAAUGUUGCGAACAAUGUUAUCCAACAACAGGAAAGUGUUGGAUGUGAGUCUGGCCUCGUUUCAACCCACAGUAUAGAAGAAUAUGGACACUUUAAAGUGCCCAAAGCUGUGAGUCUGAAUGUGUUGUUUGUGCACGUGUUAGCCAUGUCAUGGAUCGAUGAACUCUUUAGGGGUCUCUGUACACACCGAGGGCUAAAAACGUUUCAAACAAGGCGACUACAAAAACCAGGCUUUUUCUCCAUGUACACAGUGGGAUUCUCUGUACUUUAAGAGCCUGAAAUGGUGCGCUUUUACAAAACACAAUAUAAUAUCUAGGAGUUAAUCUGCCACCUUUACCUUUAUUAUAAGUGCACCAACAGAAACCUUGACCGGCAUAGCAACAGUAACAAGGAGGCGGAGCUUAGCGGAUGAUAGAAAAUCCUUACACCAACUAAUGAAAAUAGCAUUUGCUUUAUUUGCCAGCUUGCUACAGCUAAUUAAAUCCAUCAGACGUGGCUGUGAUUUUAGCCCACAAAGUUGAGAUUCACUGUUCGAUAUUUUGUCUAAAUCGGUGUGAAAUCAAACCAACUAGGAGUUAAUCUGCCACCUUUACCUUUAGCAUAAGUGCAACAACAGAAAGCUUGACAGGCAUAGCAACAGUAACCAAGGGGGCAGCAGAUGACUGAAAAUCCUUCUAAUAUACAAUCUGAGGCACACAAGGUUAUAUUUGGCUUGACAUGUGCACGACAUGUUUUGCAACCGAGGCCACGACACAGGGGAAAUUUAUUUAAUGCCAUUCAAUGCUCUGUUCUAUUAUCUGCUUAUAUGACUCAGUUAUGACUCAUUCUGCCAUUUAUUCUAGUCUUGAAAUACACUUUCUUGUAAUUUAAUGUAUAAACAACAAUUUCUGGUUUGUGGUCGCAACUCUGUGACACCCUACAUAUAAGAAUACAGUUAAUCAGUGCAUUGCCUAUGGAAUAAAAUGUAAUUCUGAAUCUCACUGAAUGCCUUCUUUCUUGUAUCUGAAUAAAGUAUCAUCAGCACUG